AUGGACGCCCUGGGCCCAACCCUGCGCAAACUAUUCUGCGGCCUACUCCCAGAAGCCACACCGGCGGAGCUCCUGCUGGACAGAGUGCAUAGGGCCUUGAGAGCACCAAUGCCCAACGCAACCCACCCAAGGGACAUUAUUAUCAGAAUGCACUACUUCCAAAUCAAGGAAGCACUGAUGCGAGCAGCAAGAGAUACUCCGCUGCAAAUAGAAGGACACAAAAUUUCCUUCUACCAGGAUUUGGCACCAACCACCCUCCGCAAACGAAGAGAGCUGAGACCCCUCACCCAAGAACUUGCCAGACGGAACAUCCAAUACUCGUGGGGGCAUCCCUUCAAACUACAGGUACGGAGGCACAACCGCACAUACACCUUGCACAACAUAGCCGAUGUUGCUGAAUUUGCAAAACAACUGGGCCUAACCAGCACCAAUCUCACCGCUGACCUACCUCCCAGAAGAACGGAUAGAGGGCCACCACCGAGAAGCACACCUUCAUCAGCCACAAACAACCCGACACCCAGUGGACCACAUCCCACACCCGAAAACUAA